UACUGUGUGAGCUGUGAUUGGUCACAGCUUGUCACAUGGUACAAGGCUGUUGUGAAUAGCCUUGUACCAUGUGAUCUCUGUGAUCACUUAUUCAUGUGAUCACUGAUUGGCCAAUCAGUGAUCACAUGAUUGGGACCUCACCCAGAGGUCCGGUACAGCGAUCACAAUCCAAAAUGGAGAGCGCACAAUCCAAAAUGGUGGGCGUCGUUUAUGAACGGCAACCCGCCCCUGCACUGCCAUCGUCCGGUUUUUUAUAUAUAGUGGCCGGGUGGGAAGUGGUU